UCGGGCAGCCGGCCCAGUCUCCGGGCAGCGAGAGGGAGGGAGCGCAAGCCGCGGUAGCCCGAUGGAGCCCAGCAGCCAGCGGCCCCCGAGGCCCAGCCCCAGCCCCAGCGCCGGGCUCAGCCUGGACGCCCUGGUGGGCGCGGACACGCGCCUCUGGGCCAAGGUGCUGUUCACAGGGCUCUACGUACUCAUCUUCGUGCUGGGCACGGCGGGCAACGUGCUGUCCGUGCACGUAGUGCUGAAGGCGCGUGCCGGCCGCCCGGGGCGCCUGCGCUACCACGUGCUCAGCCUGGCGCUGGCCGCGCUGCUGUUGCUGCUGGUCAGCGCGCCCGUGGAGCUCUGCAACGCGGUGUGGCUCCACCACCCCUGGGCCUUCGGCGACCUGGGCUGCCGCGCCUACCACUUGGUGCGUGAGCUGUGCGCCUACGCCACGGUGCUGAGCGUGGCCAGCCUGAGCGCCGAGCGCUGCCUGGCCGUGUGCCAGCCGCUGCGCGCCCGCCGCCUGCUGACGCCGCGCCGCACCCGCCGCCUGCUGGCGCUCGUCUGGGCCGCCUCGCUCGGCUUCUCCCUGCCCAUGGCGGUCAUCGUGGGCCAGAAGCACGAGCUGCGGGCGGCGGGCGGCCCGCUGGAGCCGACCUCCCGCGUGUGCACCGUGCUGGUGAGCCGCACCGCGCUGCAGGUCUUCAUCCAGGUGAACGUGCUGGUGUCCUUCGUGCUGCCCUUGGCACUAACGGCCUUCCUGAACGGGGUCACCAUGAACCACCUGGUGGCCCUCUACUCCCAGGUGCCGUCGGCUUCCGCCGCAGGCAGCUUCACCCCCAGCCACCUGGAGCUGCUCAGUGAGGAGGGACUCCUGGGCUUCAUGGCUUGGAGGAAGACGCUCUCCCUGGGGGGCCACCACGCCCUGCUGCGACACAGGGACUCCAGCCGGGUCCGCAGCCUCCAGCGCAGCGCCCGGGUUCUCAGAGCCAUCGUGGCCGUGUAUGUCAUCUGCUGGCUGCCGUACCACGCCCGCAGGCUCAUGUACUGCUAUACCACGGAGGACAGGUGGACCGACGCGCUCCACGAUUUCUAUCACUACUUCUACAUGGUGACCAACACGCUCUUCUACGUGAGCUCGGCGGUGACCCCCGUCCUGUACAACGUCAUGUCCCCCUCUUUCAGGAGGCUCUUCCUGGAGGCCCUUGGCACCCUGUGCCGAGAGCCCCACCCAUGCAGCCGUCACCCCUGGAGGCCCCAGAGGCCCUCGCGACUGGGCACAGCUCUGGGUGUUGGGGCUCCCCCAGGACCCCCGAGCUGGAUGAGAUACAAGAAUGAACCACGGUUCAGUUGUCACUCCGUCCUCGAUCUUGGUGGCGGGGUCGGGGUGCUUCCACUGACCCCCAGCUCUGCCAUUUCCCUGCCGUGUAACUGCAGGCGAAUCAGCAUGUGACCCCGCGUGGCCUCGGCUUCCCCGCCUAGAUGACAGAUAAGGAACAGCAGCCAUCUCAGUAGCGUCUGAGAUUAAAGUGCUUAGCACAGCGCCUGGUGCAUAAUCGAUACUCAAUAAAUGUUGGCUUGUGUUCUAUAGGCUGCUUGUUGCUUUCCGGCUAUCCUGGAAGCAUGCCUCAUUUCCUGUAAGGUUUUUUUUUUUUUUUU